CGUUGACGUUCACAGACUUCCAGUGGAUGCCCGUUCCCUCGACCGGACGAUUGUCGAAACCGCAUUGCAAUGUGCUCAUGGCACAACUGCGGGACUACUUGCACACUGCAGUACCAGCUCCGUUGAUGGACGUCGGAGCAGAGGUUGUCAACCUUCACGCUUACCUCGCGAAGAUCGACCGCGAGUUCAAGACGCAACGGUACGACGACAUCGACGCACCAUUGCUAUACGUACGCAUUCAGAUUGGAGAGGGGACCUGCAGUGCCUUGAUCGAUUGCGGAGCGUCUCGCAACUACAUCAGCCAGGACUUCAUGGUGCGCGCCGGCCUUGGCCCACGCGUCCGGAGGAAGUCCCAGCCUACGCAAGUCACGUUGGCGGACGGUCACACGCACAAGUCAAUCGACCGGUGCAUUGACAACGUCCCAGUGUACUUUGCCCCUCACGCAAGUGAGGCGGUGUCCUUUGACAUUCUGGACACCAAAUUUGACAUGAUCUUGGGCAUGUCAUGGCUGCGAAGCGAGGAUCACCCGAUGAACUUCUUCCACCGCACCGUUCACAUUCGUGAUCGGAACGGAGUACGAGUUCCAUGCAUGGUGCCUCUUCCUCAUCCUUCGAUCAGCUGCCACGUGGUAUCCGCCGCAUGCAUGCGAGCUUCCAUCAUCAGAAACGACAUCGAGGAGAUGGGGGUGUGUCUCCACGCCCUCCCGCCCCAUGACGCUUCAUCGACGGACUCACCUUCGGAUCCAGGCAUCACCGAACUUCUCAACGCCUACAGCGACGUGUUCGAGGGCCCGCACGGAGUAGUACCGGAUCGACCCAUCCGCCACGAAAUCAUCCUCGAGGACGGGGCCGUACCUCCGCGCGGUUGCAUCUACCGAAUGAGCGAGGAAGAGUUAAGUGUGCUCCGCGCACAACUUGACGACCUUCCAGAGAAAGGCUGGAUUCGGCCUAGCUCAUCGCCAUACGGUGCUCCUGUUCUCUUCGUCCGGAAGAAGAACAAGGACCUGCGGUUGUGCAUCGAUUAUCGCAAGCUCGACUUGCAGACGAUCAGGAACGUCGACCCUCUCCCACGCAUCGAUGACCUUCUCGAGCGAUUGGGUGGCUCCCAGUUCUUCUCUAAGCUGGAUCUCAAGUCAGGGUACCACCAACUCGAGAUUCGCAAGGAGGAUCGCUACAAGACCGCGUUCAAGACACGGUAUGGGCAUUUCGAAUGGCUGGUCAUGCCGUUUGGCCUUACGAAUGCCCCAGCCACUUUCCAAGCGGCUAUGACAACGGAGUUCCGACACAUGCUGGAUCGGUUUGUACUCAUCUACCUCGACGACAUCUUGGGUUAUGUCUUAGGUCAAUAUGCAUUGACUUGGGCUCUCAAAAAUCCAAACAGAAUUGUGAAACUGGCAAUCCUCAACACCCCUCUGACCCCCUCUGCCUCGCUUCCGGCUCCUCUUCAGCAGCUAAGGCUACCUUUCAUUGGUGAAUUUGCUUCUCAGAAUGCGGUCCUACCAGAACGGUUUGUCGAAGGGAGCAGCAGGUAUGUGUUGGACAUUGAAGACGCGGAUGUUUACAGGCUACCUUAUCUCGAUAGCAGUGAUGCUGGUUUUGCAAUGCUGGAGGUGAUGAGAAAGGCACCUCUCAAGGAGCUCGAGAAUCGCAUCAAGGAUGGAUUUGCAGAACGCAGGUGGGAAGUACCAACGGCUGUGAUCUGGGGAGAGGAUGACAAGUAUCUGUCGCAGUCGGAAGCCUCAACCUUUGCAUCAUGGAAUUCGAAAAUGGUGACAACAAGCAUUCUGUCAGGAGCAGGACAUCUACCGCAAGAGGACUGGCCUGAGAAAGUGGUUGAAGCUUUGGUGAAGCUAUUCGGAAAGUGAAAAUUCAAACGAAUUGCUGCAGAGACUCUCUUUGAGUAAUCAAGGAACUUCGCUGCCCCAUCCGCAGACAGGGAGCUCCAUCCAGGCUGUCUGACCCAGCCAGGUUAAAAAAGAGAAGGGAGGGGGGGGAGGUGUAAAAGGUAGUGUGAGCGGGGUGUAAACAGGGUGUAAAAGGGUGUAAAAGGGGUGUAAAAAGGGCCCAAAGCGGGCGUAAAGGGGUGGAGCGCAUCCGUCCGCGUGGAAAUCUGGAUGGAUAAGACAGAGAAGGCAGACGGAGACAUCGUUUCACGCUGGAUCUUACAAGAGAUCUGUAACGAAGCUAAUGAUUAUUGUGUCCAUGGAGCCCAUCCCAUGUCCAACCUUAUUUCCAACGAGUGCCUGCGGACUUCACUGGGGGUCUGAAGGGGGUGUAAAGGGGGUGUAAAGGGGCUUGAGAGGGAUUUCGAAGGGAGUGCAUUGUAGCCGUCAACUGGGAGUCUGAAGGGGGUGUAAAGGGGUUGUAAAGGCGUUGUAAAGGGGCUUACGAGGGAUUUAAAGGGAGUGAAUUGUUGUGAAUUUAGAGGGAUUUAAACUUUAAAGGGAGUGAAUUGUUGUGAAUUUAGUUUUUCGAUUCUCGUUGUUUUUUUUUUUUUGUUUUUUUUUUUGUUUUGUUUUUCCCCUUUUAGUCUUUAGAUUCCUGAAGGUACAUCGGAGCAGCUUCAUCCAAAAUAAGAAGUUUGUUUUCACAUUUAUUAAAUUUUAUUUACUAUUUUUCCAGGUUUAGUUUUGAUUGGAGAUCUUUCAAAAUAUAUUUUUUUUAAUUUUAGUUAAAUUUUGAUUUUGCAUAUCCUGAUGCACAGGCGGUGCAGACGACUUUAUUCCCCAGGGGCAUGGUCCCAUGGAAAAACUUUUCAGCUUUUUCGAAGACUCUUAGGAAGAACUGGCCAAGAUGAUUGGAUUUCACGCCUGAAUGUGGAAGAAGUGUUUGCAGAGGUGCAGAAGAUCGUGAUGGAUCCGCUUUUCUGCAUUUUGUGAUACAUAUCCAGAUUCAGUCAGGCCCUUAAUGCAAUUCUGGUUGCUGAGGAUGUGACCCCCCCCCCCCAGGUUGGGAUCUGGGGUUGAGACAUCGAACUCGAGGCCCGGGCAAAAAGUAGCUGCAAGAAGAACACCCGCAAACCAUUCGUUCGGUUUUUGGGACGUUUUUUCUUUUCUUUUCUCUUCUUUCUUUUUGUCCUUCAGGACAUCCGUUAAAAUUGGAAUGGAACAAUACACAGAAGAUUAGCGUGGCCCCUGCGUAG